AUGAAAAAUAAAAUCAAAGAAUUAAUGAAUCAAUUAAAAAAUGUAAAUAUUGUAAAUAAUAGUGAACAAGUUAAAGAAUCAAUUAAAGAAAUAUUUGAAAUUAGCGAUUCUCUCUCUAUUGCAAUUGUAAAGGAUCCAAAAAGACUGCAGGAAUGUUAUAUUUAUAAAGAUGAUUCUAUCGUUCCAAACGGUACUACUUAUGUAGCGAUUGCACCAAGUGUUAAAACAAUUAAAAUAGGUUCAAUUCCAACAUCGGUUCAAUAUUUGCUAUUACUUGAUGGAUUCAAUGUUCAACUAAAAGAAGAUGGAUUUAACAAAAAAACUUGUAACAACUGGUGGUCGGUAUCAUCAGUGUUAAUUUUUCCUAAUGAUUUCUUUAUUGUGUUGGUUAUUGCUGCUGAAGUUAUUGGUGUUGCAAUGUUGGGUGAUGGUGGUGUCGAAUGA